GCGGCCAUGUUGCCUGCGAGGGGAAGUGGCGGCGCGCAGCCCCGCUAAGAUGGUGGCGAGGCGCCCUCGGGGGGUGUAGGGGCCCGUGUCCCUCCCCCCCCCGCCGCCACCACCACCCCCCCGCGCCCCUCCCGGGCUGCGGGGCGACGCGGGGCCCAUGGAGCAGCUAUAGGGUUUGUACUACAAACAGCUAAUCACUGCCAAAAUGACAUCUUCAAGCUCUACCCAGUAUCCAGCAGCUGAGAAUGCCUGCAGAAUCACACUUGGACAAGUCAGCCAGAUGCGACCCAAACUGCCGCUUCUGAAGAUUCUGCAGGCUGCAGGUGCACAAGGUGAAACCUUCACAUUGAAGGAGGUUAUGCAUUACCUAGGACAGUAUAUAAUGGUGAGGCAGCUAUAUGAUAAAAGGCAGCAACACAUGGUCUAUUGUGGAGGAGAUCAACUGGGAGAACUGCUGGGACUGGAGAGCUUCUCUGUAAAAGAUCCAAGCCCAGUCUAUGACAUGCUGAAACGGAACCUGACUUCUGCUGCUAUGGCAGAUGCUGCACAGAAUCUCGCAAAGGAACAGAGCGUCGAUAAGCCAAGCCAAGACCAACCGAAGUUUAGCACACAGGAGGGUUCAGACACUGGUGUAAUGGAGGGUGAAAGCAAUGCUUCUGCUUUGUCUACCUCAGAGCACAAAUGUGGAAAUUAUGAAGACAAAGACUUAAUAGAAAACCUCUCUAAAAGCAAGAAGCCUAAACUGGACCUAGUGUUUGAGGAAUGGGAUGUAGCUGGUCUUCCAUGGUGGUUUUUAGGCAACCUCAGAAGCAAUUACAAGUCCAGAAGUAAUGGAUCAACAGAUAUUCAGACUAACCAGGACAUAGACACUGCCAUUGUUUCAGAUACUACUGAUGACUUGUGGUUCCUCAACGAAUGUCCAUCAGAUCAGAGCAGUGCCACGGUCAAAGUGGAAACAGUUGACUGCGAGGAAAUGAAAGAAAGUGACAAAAAGGUGACUGAGGAGACACAUUUGCAUGACUUUGAGGAUUCUCAGUGCUUGAGUGAUGACACAGAUACAGAAGCUGCCUCUGAGGACUGCUGGCAAUGCACCAAAUGCAAGAAAUUUAACUCUCCAGUCAAACGGUACUGUUAUCGCUGUUGGGCCUUACGGAAAGACUGGUACUCAGAUUGUCCCAAACUGGCUCAUUCUCUUUCGCUGUCCAACAUUGAUGCUAUGCAAAACAAAAAUGAUGAUGAAGGGAUAGAUGUCCCGGACUGCCGAAGGACUAUUUCUGCUCCAGUUGGCCAACCCAAAGACUUAUAUGGGGUAGAAAACAAAUCACGUAUAGAUCCCUGCAGCUCUAUUGAGUCUUUGGAUUUGGCAAAAGAAUGUGAAAGCAAGGAGUCUCUGUUGCAGUUCACUGAGCAUAAAAAGGAGGAAGAAGUACAGUCUUUAGAGAGUAUUAAAAAAUUACUCAAUCCUUGCUUCUUAUGCCAUCACAGACCACGAAAUGGGAAUAUUGUCCAUGGAAGGACUGCUCACCUGGUGGCCUGUUUCAAGUGUGCAAAGAUGCUGAAGAAAAAGAGGUCACCUUGUCCAGUGUGUAGGAAAGAGAUUGAGAUGGUGAUCAGAAUCUUCAUGGGGUAGUUUUGUUAGUUCAGGGCUCCUCUGCCAAAAGAUUUCAAACAGAUUUUCUUGCAGUCCCACAAAACCUAACUUUAGAGCUCAGCUGGUGUAUACCAAAGAAAAUUAAGAUGCACAACUGACCAAGGACACCGAGGAAUCCCUCACAUCAAAUGAAGCAGCGUCCAGUUUUUGAUGUCCAUUUAAAUUAAAGCAUGUAGGGAGCAGGGAGCGACUGACAUAUUGGUAUGAAUGACCUAGGUUUGAAAUUGUCUAAAUCUCUGAAUUUCAGAAGUUCUGUGGUGUCACUGGUUCUCUGUUUUGACAACUGGUCCUUGCAGAAAGCAAUUUUUGGGAAGAAUUAUAACUUUGGCUGUUGGAGUGUUGUUCUCCAGUAAGUCAAAUCCUGUGCAAUGCCUUUGAAGAGAGGAGUCCAUAUUUGAAGAAUAUAGCGGUGGGGGUGGGACAGAAGGCGGAUGGGAAGGAGGAUGAGAUAAGCCAUUUCUCCAAGGAUCAGUUUUCACGAGGGUAGUGAGAAGUGAAUACCCUGUUUCUUAUAAUCUCUGAUUUUCUUUUUAAUGUAAGUUUAUUAGAUAAGGUAAAGGUGCUCUUGCUCCCAGACUGGAACAAGUCCUCCCAAACUUUUAAUCUAUAGCAAUUUCAGGUCAUAUAUCAGUUGGCAGAAGAAUAGGGUGCUACACUUUGCGUCUUGAUUAAAUCAGAUACAAUGCUAUGUUGGUUUGCAUAGCUUUGUUGAAGCCUGUACAAUGUUAGCUGAGAAUCUGGCCUGCUGGUUGAGUUAAAUUAUAACAGCUCUGUGCAUGUUUUGGGAUGUUCUCAUAGUUUUCUGCUCACAGCUCCUUUGCAGCUUCUACCUGCCUUACUUCAUCAGGCCAGUCCAGGAGAAGCUCUCUUUGGAGUGUGAUGGAGAUUUAUUAACAUACUGUGGACCUUUGAGACACAAAAACAUUCCCUGCAAAGCACUGGAUUGCAGUUAGUUAGUCUGUGUCUGGUGAUUAGCAUGGUUAGUCUCCUGUGCUUGGUGUUAGCUUUUGAAUUCCUCCACUGACUUUCUUUCCCAGUGACUGAGCGCUUCAAAUCUAUUUGCAGCAUUUAUAUUAUCCUUUAAAGCAGUUCAUGGUCAGUCAGCUGGCCAUUAAAACUCAGCUAGGACUUGCAGUUUAAAGCUAAAUUUUCUCUGAGAUCAAGUCCUAGUGCAUGCUCAGAUCUUCAGCCUGCUGUCUUCAUGAGGGCUGGUGUUCAGAGAAUAUUUCCCUAUGGAGAGGAGCUUUGUUCUUCCAGUGUGUAGUAGGUGGCUGGGUGCGGCCCUAAAGCUGGGGAGAAUUACAGGAGGGUAAAGCAGUCACUGUUGCCACUUGCCCAGGGUCUUGAAGAACUGCCUGUGACCAUCCUGGGUGCCCUGAGAUCCCAGGAAACUGGCACCCUAUUCUGUCCCUGUUCUGGCUUUCUCUUCCAGGGAGGCUGCACAGGGCAGCGGCCUCUGCAGAGUCAGUGGAAAAGUCAGCACUGUGUGAGCGAGCAUCAAGCACAACCUCUGCCAUGCACAGAUUUCUAGCAGACUUAAGAGCAGAUCAUUCACCUUUUCUGACCAGCACCAUCUCUCCUCUUUUAAAACACAUUUACAAAACAAAGGGAAUUUACUUCUCCUCCCUCCCCGCAUUUUCUCCUUCUUUCCUGAUUCUUUUUUUUUCCUUACCUAGAAUGGUGCUGAGGAGACAGGAGUAGCCGAUCAAUUUACUCUUUUAGUUUUCUAAGUCAUUAUUUAUUUAAAAUGUAAAGCUGACGAAUACUUUUUGGCCAAUCCAGUCUAGUGUUCUCUAAUGUGAGCAAGAGGUGUGGUGGAGACAUCUCUUGACAUGUUCUCUAGGGCUUUGGGAGAGCGCAUAUCAUGUAGCAUUAGCAAUAGCGCCUUUACCUCCAGCUUUCAGGUGUGCAGAUGUUUGAAUUCAGUACAGUGCGUAAAUCCCACGUUUUGUCAUCCUCUGUAUAAUUCCCUCUCUGACCUAGAAGGUGGUUCAUUCCUUUCUGAAGACAGACAUUCCCACUUUGCUGUGGCAAGCAUUCAUACCGUGCAAGCAAGGUGGAAAAUCCUAUUUGGGUGGUGAGCUAGCAGAGUUCAGGAGCAACGCGCUCACUCUACUUUUGAAAGUCUUUGUGGAAUCAGGAGCUGCUUAGAUGCUUCUCAAGGCACUUUCCCAUUGCUUUCCACACUCCUUCUGCUGGUCCAGUCAUAACAAGCCAGCUGUGCAACAGGAGGCCCCAAUACUUGUCAGAAACAAGCUCUGUCAAAGUUGUUUCUCUGAAAAGAUAUUGGAGUAGAUGCAAUACGCAGUCACUGUCAGUCAUUGCCAAAAGAUGAAACCACUUUAUAUUUUGCGUAAUGUUGUGAUUAUUUCUAUGUUGGCUGUUAUUUAGACUAUUAUUGUUGACUGUUAUUUACAGUUUUAUUUUAAAAACCAGAGGUUAGCUGUCUGGUAUUUGCUGCACUAUCCGUAGUCCAUAGAAGACAGUCCACAUAAAAGCCUACUUAUUGCUCCCUUAGUUGGAGGGCUGUUAAAUUGAAGGUGGUGCACUUUAAUCAUGUUAAGUUCAGCAGCGUUACCUCCUGGAAUUGUGGAAGCAAAUGCUGCUGGGUACUCUCUUCCAUUUUAAAUGGCUUGGGCGCAGCAGGGUACUUUGUAGCAAGCCCUUAAUGCACUUCUGGAUACUGUGAAACUGCCCCCCAACCGGCGAUUGCUAGUAAGAACUUACAUUUUGCUGAAAGCAGCUUUACUGAAUUGUUCAGAUCUGGCUACACUGAAAAGUAUGUGAUCUGCAUUGACCAAAAUAAAAGAAAAUUGGGAGUGUUCAGGUUUGAGUAAGUUAGGGGUUAAAUGCUCAUACCAAAAUCCUCCUGAGACCUAGAUACAGGAAGUCAGCAAUGUUUCCUGAAAACAUAUGGUGUCCUGAGGUGCAGCUCUCCCAUUGUUAAGUGAAAACUGAUUCCCUUGUUACAGUUUGUGAUAAAAAAAUGAAUCUGCAGGAUAGCUUUCAGGGUAACACUCUUUGUAUCUGUGAUUGUGCUUGUUCAAUAUAACCAUGUUGGUUAGGACAUGCAUUUGCUAACUUCAUUGUUCCCUUUACUGAAAUAGUUGCUGGGUAUCGCAUAUGAGAAUGUUACAGCCAAUUUUCCCUCCUGUAUAGGAAUAAGCUAUUGCAGUGGAAGCACAGUGUAUGUAGGGGUAAUUGCCUAGAUUGUGGAUGGAGCUUGGAUGGGGGGAGGCUUGGGGGAGGGAGGGAGGAUGUUUUAUUACUUUAAUUUAAUCUAAAUCUGAAUAGUAAUUCACCCAGAACUGCCUUUUUUUUUUUUUUUUUUUUUUUUUUUUUUUCCUGACACUUUUUAGGAAGUGCAGACUUGGGAUGUAAGUUGAAGAAAUAGCUCAAAGCAUUCGAUUAUAAUACUUAUGUAGCAGCUUAGAGAUAUGCAGAUGAGUUGUUUCUGGGGUGGUAUUACUGCUUUCCUUUUCUACAGAUGAGGCAUUUAACAUGGACACCUAUGUCGGAACCGCAGGUUUUUCAAAGGUGCUGAGCAUUAGCUGAGAUGGGUGUGAACCACAGAUGCUCAAGACCUCUGAAUAUCUUGCAUUGGUGUCUCAUAGUGAAUGAUAGCUCUUCUCUCUUACAGUGGUUUUCCUAUGAAGUGCAAUAUGAGAGAAGAGGUCCUAGGGAUAUCUUCAGCAAUUGUUGCCACAUUUCUGUUAUGAGUGGUAUUGAGCGUAGCUGUCUUUUGCUGUUCUGACUAGAAAGGUUUAUCUGUUUCCCUGCUUCUUCCUUCAGUGACCUUGGUCACUGUCCCUUGGGAAUGUGUGGAAGUCUCACCUGCACCUGUGCUGCAGGUGGUAUUUUAUGCACAAGAUUCCUUGGCUUUUCAGCCAGAAGUUUGGGUACCAUUUAUCCCCAGAAAUAGUAAGUUUUGUACUUUAAUUGGUAUUUAAUUAUAGUAUGGGAACCAUGAGCCUCCCAACUAAAUAGUGCCACUUAGUACAUUACAGUGCUCUGCAGUGUGAAGUCAUAUGUGUAUAUCAUAUGUAUAUGCCCACACUCUCUGUUUUGGUAACCAGAGGUACACAUGCUGCAUUUACUUCUGCAAGUUUUUCCAGUUUUAAGUGCCUCUUCUCAGUUGCUCUCUGAUUCAUUCACUAACGCACCCAGGAUAUCGUCCUUUUCUUAUGCUCUGUUUAAAAAUCUCGGUGACCCUCCUCUGCUGGGAUGUGUUAUCAAGCUAAAUUUAGCCUAGCCAAAGCCAUGACAUAAAUUAUAAAGAGUCUGUAGCGCAGAUUCCCAAAAUGCUUAUUUCUUCUGACUGAUGGGUAUUUCCAAGAACACUGUUGUGAACUUCCAGCCUGCAUGUAUUACAUAUUUAUUAUGCUGCAUGACUGUGAUGAAAACUAUGGUGCAGCUAUCCAGCAUGCUCUCUAGCCUUCUGCAUCCAAACACUGUUUGUGUCUACUACUGAGACGCUAUCCUUGCAGAAGAAAGUAGCUAUUGGACAAACCAGGGCCCUCCAAAGACACACAGAUGCUGCAAGGAUUCCCAACAUGUACAUGGAAAUGGAGUAUUUCAAAACCCACUGUGGUAGCUUGCUUUUGCCUGCUUACUUUGCCUGCUCAGAGCAUCUCUCCUGCACGGAGGAAGACAAAUGCUCUUACUGAAGGCCUUCAGUGAAGGCUGAUUGUUUUGGAAGAGGUGACUGAAAAAAGGAUUCAGAGCCAGGGCACUGGUCUCUGUUCUCAUUUUGCUUCUGACUUGUUACAUGAGCUGAACGAGGCACUCCCUCAGUCCUGUGCAUGCUUGUUAGCUACCUGAACAUUUGCAAGCAGUGUCAGAAUCCUUGAGAAAAAAGAUACUGCAAGGCUGUUCUAUCAAGAGCAAGAAUAAGAACCACAAAUGAUGUGGGGGUAACACACUUCGUGUAUGAAACAUCUCCAGGAGCCCAGAUGACCUUUGGACAGCUGCUUUUCUGCUCUGGAAAUCCUCUUUUGGUUAUCUGCCUGGAGAGGCUGGAAUUAGCCUUGUUCCUUAGGAAGUAAGUGAGAACAUGCCUGUAACUAGAUGUUAUUGUCAGACCAGUAGAAUGGUCAACUGCCACAAGCUGGGCUGUACUUCCCAUCAGCUUGCUGUCUGUAUCUGAUUUUGGUUAGUACAGUCAGCUGUUACAUUUACAAUCCUGUUUUUCUACCACUUCAUGAGUGCAUAGGUGCUAUUGCCCUGGUAAUGUGCAUUUGCUGCAUACAUGUAUGGACAUUCAGUGUCUGCUACACUGAGCAGAUGCUUCAUUAGCUUCAGAGUCUGACUCCUAGAAUAUGUGACUGCCUUUGAGGAUCUGUCUGAGAAGAUACAUGAAGAAGGCUGGAACAUGUUGUACCUCUGGAAAGAUAAUAAAGACUUGCUGUUCUGGAAAGAGUGGUUUCCUGCCGGAUCUCCCCAGCACUCUUCCUCUGCUGGAUGUUAUUCCUGAAUGUAUUUUUUUUGUUCAGAAAAAUUCAGCAUCUGACCACACACCCACACAGUCACUGCAAGAACCACAAUCAGGAGAGCUCACUAAACAACAUCUGUGUGUUUGCACUAUUUAAAAAAAAGUCUUGUAACACAAUAAUUGAUGACCUGUUUUUGUUUCCUGCUCAUAAUGAAUUUAAUUAAAUUGAGAGCAUACUAUGUAGGUUUAUUUUUUCAUUUGUACUGCGUUUCGGGGAAAACUUUAAGUAAAGACCUGUUACCAGUUAA